AUGGCAUCCAGGAAGACGCUGAAUCGACGGCCUCGUCCGCAACGAGCAACCAGCAAUGUUUUUGCUAUGUUCGAUCAAGCUCAAAUCCAGGAAUUUAAGGAGGCUUUUAAUAUGAUCGACCAGAAUCGUGAUGGUUUCAUUGACGUCCAAGAUUUGCAGGAUAUGUUUGCAUCAUUAGGGAAAGAAGUAAAUGAGGAAUUUUUGGAAAAAAUGAUCAGUGAAGCUCCAGGACCAAUCAAUUUUACUAUGUUCCUUACAUUGUUUGGUGAGAAAUUGACUGGAACAGAUCCGGAAGAGGUGAUCAAAAACGCAUUUCAAUGUUUUGACGUAGAUAAUAGUGGUUUGCUGAACGAAGAUCGCCUUCGAGAAUUGCUAACUUCAAUGGGUGAUCGCUACACGGAUGAGCAGGUGGAUGAACUGUUUCGCGAUGCGCCAAUCAGAAAUGGUAUGUUCGAUUAUGUCGAAUUCACUCGAAUGCUUAAGCAUGGUACAAAGGAUAAGGAUGACGCUAACUAA